AAAUGACGUCAUUCCUGUGCUCCGAUACUGAAAUUGAAUCCGAUGGUGGAAUCUCCAGAUGCAAGAAGAUUAAAAACAAACCUCUAAUGGAGAAGAAACGGAGAGCUCGAAUAAACAAGUCACUGUCACAACUAAAACAAAUUUUGAUUCAAGAUGAGCAUAAGAAUUCCAUCCAACAUUCCAAAUGGGAAAAAGCUGAUAUUCUCGAAAUGGCUGUCGAAUACCUCCAACAACUCCGUAGUGCUCAACCAUGCUCCUUAUCACCUUCAACAUCAUCCAUUUCAACUCCACCAACUCCAAAAGAAGAAAUUCGAAAUAUUAAAGUACCUCUUAAUCCAAUAGCUUCAUUUCUGAACCCAAUGAUGCAGCAAUACGUGGCAUAUCAGCAGCUGGCUCAGUUAUCAAUGUACACUCAAUUAUUUAAUAAUCCCGCUGGAGUACCACUGAGAGCAGAUGCAGGGGUAACUGCUCAGUCACCAGAGCUGGCAGAAAAGUUAAAAAUUGAGGAUCGAAGUAGAGUGUAGAAUUUGGAAUUGUUGUCAAGAGCCACCAGUUUUGAUGUGAAAUUGAUAAUCUACUAGUUAGCCACCUAAGGUCUAUAAAAUAGCUUCAGAGGCAGGGUUUCGGCCUAGUUUUGAUGAUUUUUGAAGUAACGGUGAAUUCUGUAAGCUUUUUUUUUGUUUCGAACAAAAAAUCCUGGGGAAAAAUUUUAUCAAAAAAAUCAAAAAUGUCAAUUUUUUGAAUUUGAAAUUUUUCAAAUUUUUCAAAUUUUUUUUAGAUCAACGCGUUAAAAAAACUUGCGAUGAGCUUUAAUCAAAAGUUAUUCACAAUUUUUUAUCUCUAAAAACUUUUAAUAUUCUGUGAAAACUUUUGGCUUUAGACGAAAUCUGUUAAUUUUUGGGUAACAAAACUAGAAAUUACCAAAAAAUCUCCAAGGUUUUUUCCAAUUUUUGCAGUUUUUCAAUCCAAAAAAUUUCUGAAAUUUAAUAAAAGUCAUAAACAACUGAUUUUGCAGAAUUACUUGUUCUGCAACAUCUUACUUGUUCUGAAACAAGUGAAAAGCCUAGUCCUUAGCUUAAGCCUAAGCCUAAGCCUGAACGCCAAACUUUAAAAUUUAAAAAAUAGUUGAGGGGCAUUUUGAAAACACCUUAAGCUCCAUAACUCGGCGAGUUUUGAUGGAAUCAAUUUGAAACUUCAGACUUAAGCUUCUUGGUGGCCUAUACGACUCUGUGUAAAAUUUCGCUUUGAUCGGCCAACGGGAACCCUUUCAAAAAUGAAAAAAACGUUAUAAACCUAAGCCUAAUCCUACGCCAAAGCUUGGGCUGUAAGCCCAAGCUUAAGCCUACGCCAAAGCCGGAGUCUAAGCCUAAGCCUAAGCAUAAGCCUAAACCAAAGCCUGAGCCCAAGCAUAAACCUAAACCGAAGCCUGAGCCUAAGCUUAAACUUCCACAUUCUGGUGGCUCUUGUCCUACCUUCCUCUUUAAUGUUAUUCUUUAUUUUUUUCGCCCCUCAAAACUCCGUAGAUCAUAUUCUCUAGUCACUUCAAUUCUUAAAUGUCGUUUUAUUUUCAGUUUCUCCCUGCUACCCAUGCUUUAUUUCCAAAAACUAUGUUC